GCAGUACACACACUCUCUCUGUCUGGCUCGUCGUCUUCGUUUUAAUUGUUUACAGUACCAAAAACUACCUUAGAGCGCCAGCGAGCAAGGGGGAACAAGGACAAUCGUUGUCUCCGACCCAAACCCCGAAGAAGGGGGGGGCCUUUGAUUAUCCACCAGCUGUUUAGAUUUGGUGGCGAUGGAUAAAGAGAGUGUAGUAGCGGCGGGGGCGGCAGAGGAGGUUGAUGAUGGUUGGGUGCUGGUCCCGCGGUCGCAGCAGCUGUCGGCGGCGGCGGAGUCGGACGGGACCUUGAAGAUCGUUUGCCUCGAGCCCGCCAAGCAUUGGACAGACGCCUUGGCGAUCGGCAAUGGCCGCCUCGGCGCCAUGGUCUGGGGUGGCGUCCCCACCGAAACUGUGCAGCUCAACGAGGACACGCUGUGGACGGGGGUGCCGGGGGACUACACGGACCCGAAGGUGCCGGCUGUUCUGGCUCGCGUUAGAGAGCUUGUUGAUCAGAGCAAGUUUUACGAUGCGACUCAGGCAGCGAUCGAGAUGGAUGAUCACCCCUCCGAUGUCUAUCAGCUUCUCGGCGAUAUCAAGCUGGAAUUUGGCGACUCACACGUUACUUAUGCCACAGACACAUACUUAAGAGAGCUUGACUUGGAGACAGCAACUGUCCGAACUAAGUAUGUAAUUGAAGGCAUCGAAUUUACAAGAGAAUAUUUCUCAUCAAAUCCAGAUCAAGUGCUUGUUACAAAGUUAUCAACGAAGAAGCCAGGCUCCCUCUCCUUCACUUUAUAUUUUGACAGUAAAAUGCAUCACAGUUCACAUGCUAAAGGUGGUGGGCAGAUUAUAAUAGAAGGUAGUUGUCCUGGCAAGAGAAUACCACCAAGGGUUUACGCAAAUGACAAUCCGAAGGGGAUCCAGUUCUCUGCCAUUCUUGAUCUGCAGAUUGGUGGUGAGAAGGGAGUGAUAGAAACCAUUGAUGGUAAAAAGUUGAAAGUGCAAGAUUCAGACUGGGCUGUCUUGCUUUUAUCAGCUUCAUCGUCAUUUGAUGGACCAUUUGUUAACCCUGCUGACUCGACAAAGGAUCCAGCUGCAACAUGUCUGACUACAAUUAACUCUGCUAAAAAGAUUCCCUAUUCUGAGAUUUAUGCUCGCCACCUGGAAGAUUACCAAAAACUUUUUGGUCGUGUUACACUUCAGCUCUCUAAAAAUGUCAAGGCAUACAAAGCCAACACACCACAUUCGACUGCUUGUGGUCUUCAUCAUCUUGAAAAGAAUGGCAAUGCCUUUGCUAGUAAAACGAGCACUGGCUUGCCAAAAUCUUCAAUGCCAGGAAGAAAUGACAGUGGUUUAGUAUCUACAGCUGACAGGGUGAAGACCUUUAAAAUUGAUGAGGAUCCAUCUUUGGUGACACUUCUAUUCCAUUAUGGUCGUUAUUUGCUCAUUUCAUGUUCAAGGCCUGGAACCCAGAUUGCAAACUUGCAGGGAAUUUGGAACAAGGACAUUGAACCACCAUGGGAUUGUGCACAACAUUUGAAUAUCAACCUUCAGAUGAAUUACUGGCCUGCCCUUCCCUGUGAUCUGAGUGAAUGCCAGGAGCCUUUGUUUGACUACAUCUCUUCUCUUGCAGUGAAUGGGAGUAAAACAUCUAAAGUCAACUAUGAAACUGGUGGAUGGGUUGCUCAUCAGGUUUCUGACAUUUGGGCAAAAACUUCUCCUGAUCGAGGAAAUCCAGUUUGGGCGUUAUGGCAAAUGGGUGGAGCAUGGCUUUGCACUCACCUUUGGGAACAGUACACUUUCACUCUGGACAAGGCUUUCCUAGAAAAAAAAGCAUAUCCCCUUCUGGAAGGAUGUGCAACUUUUCUUUUGGACUGGCUGUUGGAGGGCCCAGGAGGGUAUUUGGUAACCAACCCAUCAACUUCUCCGGAACAUGAAUUUAUUGCACCUGAUGGUAAGAAAGCAAGUGUUAGCUACUCCACGACCAUGGACAUGGCAAUCAUAAAAGAAGUUUUUUCUGCAAUGGAGUCUGCUGCAGAGGUUUUAGGGAGAAGCGAGGAUGAUUUUAUCAAGAAGAUUAAAGCAGCAAGCUUGAAGCUGUACCCAACUAAAAUUGCCAGAGAUGGUUCAAUAAUGGAGUGGGCCCAAGACUUCGAAGAUCCAGAUGUGCAUCAUCGGCAUUUAUCCCAUUUGUUUGGCCUUUUUCCAGGCCAUUCAAUUUCUCUAUCAAAGACUCCGGAUCUGUGCAAAGCUGCUGUGAACUCUCUCUACAAAAGAGGGGAUGAAGGCCCUGGCUGGUCUACCGUCUGGAAGAUGGCUUUGUGGGCACGCCUUCAUAGUAGUGAGCAUGCAUACAAGCUGAUAUUUGAACUGAUAAAACUGGUCGACCCUGAUCAUGAAGCAGAUUACUUGGGUGGUGUCUAUAGUAACUUGUUUACUGCACACCCUCCAUUCCAGAUUGAUGCCAAUUUUGGGUUUACUGCUGCAGUGGCAGAAAUGCUUGUCCAGAGCACUGAAAAAGACCUUUUCCUACUGCCAGCACUUCCUAGGGAUAAAUGGGGCAACGGCUGUAUUGAGGGAUUGAAGGCUCGGGGUGGUGUCACGGUAAAUAUUUGCUGGAAAGAAGGGGAGCUCCAUAAUGCAACUUUGUUGGUCAGGAAUCAUUGUGCCACCAGAAGAUUGCAUUACCAUGGGACCGCUGUGACUGCUAAGCUAAAAGCCGGGUAUACAUACACGUUCAGCAAGGAACUCAAGUGCGUCAAGUGGGCUAUUGUUCCUUGAGCUGUAUUUCUUGGCCGGUGGCACCAUAUAAACUGAUUACAUCCGACGAGUACUUCAGGUACCAUACACACAGAAAGAAGCUUUUCCAGUUCCUCUCGGCUCAGUAAUUUUUGUUAGCCUUUGAGAGAUUCUUUUCCCCCUUUUCCUUUCGCUGUGUUGCAUUGUUGAAGAAAUUUGUUCCCCUUGUUGCGGAAACUGGUGCUUAGAUAGUUCAGCGUUUUUUUAUUAAGACCCUCCCACUCAGGGCACAUACGGAAUCAUGUCUACUGGCUGCAGUUAUUCGCCAAUUUAAUAGAAUCCCGUUGCUUAUUGCUCUUCUGUUUA